CUUCUGGGCCCACACGAGUCAACCAGGCAUGGAUGCUGUGACUGUGUACCAUGGCAAAAUCAGUCGGGAGACGGGGGAGAAGCUAUUGCUCGCCACGGGCCUGGAUGGAAGCUAUCUGCUAAGAGACAGCGAGAGUGUUCCUGGCGUGUACUGCCUGUGUGUUUUGUAUCAAGGUUACAUCUAUACAUAUCGAGUGUCGCAGACAGAAACAGGUUCUUGGAGUGCUGAGACAGCACCUGGGGUGCAUAAAAGAUUCUUCCGGAAAAUAAAAAAUCUCAUUUCAGCAUUUCAGAAGCCAGAUCAAGGCAUUGUAAUACCGCUGCAGUAUCCAGUUGAGAAGUCCUCAGCUAGGAGUACACAAGGGAGAAGUGAUUCUGAUGUCUGCCUGAAAGCACCAUGAAGAAGACUAACACACCCUGUCCUUUAUUUUCAAUAAUUUAAGUA